GAAAUAGAGUUAUCCAGGUGGCUUGGGAAUGAGUGCGUGCGUUGCCCUGUUUACAUUAAUCUCACCGAGUUAACCUUUGUCACUGGUUUUGUUUACGUAUUCCGGAUCCGUUUCUGCACAGCGACUGCAGGAUCUGCAGGCUGCCCACGGGUUCUUUUCAGCAGGAAGCAAGUUCGGGGAUUAAAUCGGAGGCGGUCCGUCAAAAUAAAAACAUAAAAAUAAUGGACGUCGGACUGGACGAGAUCAUAAAACGGAAGAGGAGGCUCCAGGGAAAAAGGAGCCGAGGUCCUUUAAAUGGGAAAGGGCCGAUGCGUGGGCCAAAGGCAGGUGGAAUAAAGAAGAAGUUAAAACAGAGGAAAAGCGGUGGCAACAGCAACGGCAGCAGAGUUGGAGGUGGAGGCGGUGGCACUGGUAAAAUAGUCGACGCUCGUUUUAAAAUAAUAGAAAAGACAAGGUCCAAAAUUGUGGAUGCUCGAGAGAGGCUGAAUCAAAGACUAAAACAGACAGAUGCUAGGGAACGUAUUCUGAGAAAGAGCUCAAUUAGUAGCAUAGCCAAAGUGAGAGGCGAGGCUGUAAUUCCGAGGAGGACUAUCAGAAACCCUGUCGCACGGUUGCAAGACACAUUUGGAAGUACAUACAGGACAGCAAGGCCUGAUCCGUAUGGCAGGGCUUUAAAGACUGGGGCCGCGAGAGGGUCUACGGCGUAUAUGGACAUUGACUCUGAGUGGAACACGAGGCUUAACGCUCUUCCUCAUCUUGAGGUACAUUUGUCAAGGAUAAGAGACUCCCCGCCAGCAUGGACUCCAAUGGUAAGGUCUCCAGAAGAGCGGGCAAGGAAAGGAAAUACAACUUUGUACAGAGCAAAGGAAGAUAUUAAAUCCCGAUUGGAGCCUAUAAGGCAAGAAGGAUACAGGAUUGUCGUUUCCAAUCUUCAACCCUCUGUAACCCAUGAAGACAUUAAGGAAUUGUUCGAGGAUAUAGGUACUCUUAUAGGAUCGAGGGUCGUGAGGCCCGGGACUGCCGAAGUUGUGUAUAAAAAUAUGGAAGAUGCUGUGACAGCUGUCGAUACUUAUCACAACAGACAGCUCGACGGACAGCCGAUGAAAUGUCUUCUGGUCAAACCAAGGACAAACAAUAACAGCCCGGCUUCCAAAAGCAUCGGGACCAAAGGAUGCAUCGUCCCUGACACAAACACAGUACAUAAGGCACUUUUCAUGAAAUGACAACCCUGAGAUGAUUGUAGGCGAUUGAUUUUUAUUUAUAUCGUAAAUGCCUUUAUUUCUGCAAAUUUUAGUUUACAUACCUAAUAAAAAAAAUUUCAGACUACU